CACUGGCAGCCUGCCAGUGAGUAUCAUAUGGGGGGGGCACCAGAGUCCAGACUAGACACCGUGACUGCGAGCUAAGGGGCAUUUUCGCCUUACGGCGAAGUUACGCGAUUUUUUUUAGCGUUUUAGUAGUGUCUGCAUUUUAAAAUGCGCGUCGUUGGCUGCCCCAAGCGGCGCCGGAGGCAGCGCGGGCCUCGGGAGUGCGUAUUGGCACCUAGGCUGGCAGUGCGUUGCUUUGCGGCGAGAGCGUGUGGUCCCGCGGCCUCUGUGGGCGCCAACGCCGCCAACCGCUUUCGUAAGCACAAAAUCUCGUCGCGAGGUUGCUAAAAAGUGUACGCCCUGCUGCCCGGGCACGACAGGGCGAAGCUACGGGCAAGUUCAUGCGCCAUCGUGACCGUCUUGGCGUCGCGUGAGGCCGAUCCGACGGUCUCGGCGUUUCGCGGGUGGGGCUAGCUCUACGAAUUUUGGGGCUGCGAACGCAUGAAAAACUGCCCCAUGGGCAGCCGCAAACGUUCUACGAUAUCCAACGCUGCGAGGCCCCAGAGCAACCGAAAUCGCGGCGGGGAGGGGCUAUUGAAAGGCUGCUGAUGAAAAAGGGGCUGCUUGCUCGCCGCGACGGCCUCUAUGCUCGUCGCACCCCGUGACCGUGACACUUCGAUAGAUCGCGAGCUCCGGGCCCACUUCGCAAGUGGGUUCGCGGUCUAACUCGACGAUCCGGCCGAGAUAGACGCGCAUUUUAAAGGCAGAAAAUACCAAAAACGCUAAAAAAUCGCGCAACGCGAAAAUGCCCCUUCAGCUCGUGGACGGGGGGUGACACCAAACCCCAAAUUUGCCGUAUCUCUAUAACUAGACGUCUUGGCCGCCGCCAAAUCGAGCCGAGGGGGCCUGGGAACCCCUCUAGGACGUGACUGAAACGGG